CAAAAACAUAGGCAUAGCACACCCUCAAAGGCAAUGACUUAAAAGGGAUGAAGAGUGUGUAAGUGAAAGGGGCUGGCUGCUCUCGCAUUUGUUCCUUGUUAUUACGGGAUUCCAACGAAACCAUAUACCAAGAUAGAGAGAGAGAGAGGGAAAGCCGUAUUCUGCUUCCUACUCAUACCUGCUUCUUGCUUCAUUGCUCGCUCUAAUUGGAACAAAAUUGGGGAAAUUUGCGGCGUACCUAACAUAAAACCCUAGCUUCCGAAGCUAUUUAAUGCCGCUGCAACGAACGGUAUAGAACGGAACACAGAUCGGAAAAGAGAACCCUAAUUUCUGAGGAUUGAGAGACAGACAUGGCUGCGGAGUUAGGGCAACAGACGGUGGAGCUGUCCACCCUGGUUUCCCGAGCUGCCCAAGAUUCAUACAGCAACCUGAAAGAACUGGUUGAGAAAUGCAGGUCCACUGAAUUGUCCGAUACAGACAAGAAGAUCAGUAUCCUCAAGUUCCUCAGCAAGACCCAGCAGCGCAUGAUCCGCCUCAAUGUGCUCUCCAAGUGGUGCCAACAGGUUCCUUUGAUAAAGCACUGCCAGCAGCUGGCUUCGACUGUUUCAAAUCACGAUAUGUGUUUUACUCAAGCUGCGGAUUCUUUGUUUUUUAUGCACGAGGGGCUUCAGCAAGCCCGUGCUCCGGUUUAUGAUGUGCCCUCUGCCAUUGACAUUCUCUUGACGGGGAGUUACCAGCGGUUGCCUAAAUGUAUAGAGGAUGUUGGUACUCAGUAUACCUUGAAUGAAGAACAGCAAAAGCCUGCUUUGAAGAAGCUGGACGCGCUUGUGCGGUCGAAAUUGCUAGAAGUUUCUCUUCCGAAGGAAAUUUCCGAGAUAAAAGUUUCGGAUGGUACAGCAUUGAUUAAGGUGGAUGGAGAGUUUAAGGUUUUAGUGACUCUUGGUUACAGGGGACACUUGUCCAUGUGGAGGAUAUUACAUUUGGAGCUGCUUGUUGGUGAGAAGAAUAAACCUAUCAAACUGGAAUUAAUGCGGCGCCAUGUUCUCGGGGAUGAUCUAGAGAGACGAAUGGCGGCAGCAGAAAAUCCAUUUUCAAUAUUGUACUCGGUUCUUCACGAUCUAUGUGUUUCACUUGUUAUGGAUACUGUCAUCAGGCAAGUGCAAGCUCUUCGACAAGGAAGAUGGAAAGAUGCAAUUCGAUUUGAGCUCAUAUCCGAUGGUGGAAUGGGUCAUGCGGCAGGUUCCAGUUCCAUGCAGAACCCUGACGGGGAAUCUGAUUCAUCCGGUCCUCGAACUCCUGGUUUAAAGAUCAUAUACUGGCUGGAGUUCGAUAAAAAUGCUGGCAUGUCUGACUCAGGUGCAUGCCCAUUCAUAAAAAUUGAACCUGGGCCAGAUCUUCAGAUAAAGUGCAUACACAGCAAUUUUGUCAUAGAUCCACUAACAGGCAAGGAGGCAGAGUUUUUCUUGGACCAGAGUUGUAUUGAUGUUGAGAGGUUGCUGUUAAGAGCUAUUAGCUGCAACCGGUAUACUCGUCUACUGGAAAUUAAAAGAGAACUGGGAAAAAAUAACCACGUCUGUCGAGCAGCGGAUGAUGUUGUACUCCAGUCUCACUUGGGUGGACCUGAUGUUGAAUAUAAACAGAAGGAUGAUAAAGGCUUCAGCAAGGAAUCUGAAGGGUAUGAGGUGUUGCGUGUGCGUGCCUAUGCCUCAUGUUUUUUUACUCUUGGAGUUAAUAUCAGAAAUGGCCGUUUCCUUCUUCAAUCAUCGCAAAACAUAGUUGCUUCUUCAGCAUUGUUAGAAUGUGAAGAAGCUUUGAAUCAGGGAUCUAUGACUGCAGCUGAUGUAUUUGUAAGCUUGAGAAGCAAAAGUUUAUUGCACUUGUUUGCAUCUAUCGGAAGAGUCUUAGGGCUAGAGGUAUUCGAGCAUGGAUUUAGUACAGUUAAAGUACCCAAAAACAUUUUGAAUGGUUCAGCAAUGCUAAUUAUGGCGUUUCCAGACUGUGGGAGCUCUUAUUUCCUGAUGAUGGAACUUGAUAAGGAUUUUAAACCUUUGUUUAAGCUGUUAGAGACUCAGCCAGAUUCUUCUGGAAAAGAUACUUUAUUUGGUGUCCUUAAUCAGGUGCUGCGGGUCAAAAGAAUUGAUAUAGGACAGCUGCAGGCACUUAAAGUUGAAAUGAAUUUAAGCCUGGUUGACUGGGGAAAAUUACACUCUCUUUUGCCCAAUGCUGCUUGUCCAAAUCAAGAAUCUGUACGUGAGUUUCUUUCUGAUAUUCGACUUGAGAGUUCCAUACAGAAUGCAAAAGGUCAUCCUUCAGGUUUUUCGUCACUUGUUGAUGAAGUGUUUGGACUCGAGAAAGGUUCUUCUGCAUCUCCAUUCUCUGUUCAAAAUCAUGGAUCCCUACCUUCACAUUAUGGUUCUGUCCCAAUGAAUCUCCAUAGUCUAAAAGCUGGGACCCCAUCUCCAAAGUGGGAAGGAGGCAUGCAAAUAUCUCAGGUUAACAAUGUAACAAAACCUUCAGGUGUUACAAACCACUAUAGUGAUUCCAUGUUCUCAUCAGGCAGUGUGAAGGGCCCAGUUCAAUCCAAUUCUGUUGGAUCAAUUUCCACAGGACAAGGAAGGAGCACAGCUGGGAAAAGGUUAUUUGUUUCAAAGUCUGAACAGGAUCUGGCUUCUCUUAAAUCUCCGCAUUCAGUUGACAUUGUGUCCUCAACUGCUAUGGAUGAAGAUCAACUUAGAGUACUGAGUGAUUCCUCUAAUGAUGGUUUAGGUGGAAGUCGGUCAUCUCGACUAUUAUCUCCUCCUCUUCCAACUAGUUCUCGCAUAUCUGUACCUAAUUCCAAACCUAAUGGACCUCAAGCUGAAUCACUCAAGGCUGCUGGAGCCAAUUCAUGUGCUUCAACUCCCGUAUCCCAGGUAAUGGAAUCCACAGGCAAUGAAGAUGUUAUACCCAAACACGAUAAAAGAUCUCGGAAAAGAACAGCUUCAGAUAUGUUGAAUUUGAUUCCAUCUCUUCAGGGUCUUGAAAACAACUCAGCAAUUUGCAAGAGGAGAAAGAUUUUGGAUUCAUCUGGCUCUCAAUUGCCUUUGCCACAAGGGGUUGUACCUACUGAAAUGAUAUCUAGGUCUGAAGGAUACAGCUAUGGAAGUUUGAUUGCAGAAGCAAAUAAAGGGAAUGCCCCAUCUAGCAUUUAUAUAGCAGCCCUGCUUCAUGUGGUCCGGCACUGUUCACUUUGCAUUAAGCAUGCUAGGCUGACGAGCCAAAUGGAUUCAUUAGAUAUCUCAUACGUUGAAGAAGUGGGUUUAAGAAGUGCAUCCUCUAACAUUUGGUUCCGACUUCCAUUUGCCAGAGGUGAUUCAUGGCAACAUAUAUGCUUGCGACUUGGCAGACCUGGUUGCAUGCAUUGGGAUGUUAAAAUAAAUGAUCAGCACUUCAGGGAUUUAUGGGAGCUUCAGAAAGGGAGCAGUGCUACACCAUGGGGCUCAGGUGUUCGAAUAGCCAAUACGGCUGACAUUGAUUCACACAUACAUUAUGAUUCAGAUGGUGUUGUUUUGAGCUAUCAGUCAGUUGAGGUAGAUAGUAUAAAGAAACUAGUGGCUGAUAUACAAAGGCUUGCUAAUGCAAGAACUUUUGCCCUUGGCAUGCGGCAAUUGCUUGGGGUAAGAGCUGAUGAGAAGUCAGAAGAGACAAGUUCUGAUGCCAAAGUAUCGGGUACAAAGUUUGCUUCAGACACUGCGGAGAAAGUUACAGAACAUAUGAGAAAAGCAUUCAAGAUUGAGGCAGUUGGACUGAUGAGCUUGUGGUUUAGUUUUGGUUCUGCUGUCCUUGCUCGUUUUGUUGUUGAGUGGGAAUCUGGUAAAGAGGGCUGCACAAUGCAUGUAUCUCCAGACCAACUUUGGCCCCAUACUAAGUUUCUAGAAGAUUUCAUAAAUGGAGCUGAAGUUUCAUCGCUUUUGGAUUGCAUUCGGCUGACCGCGGGUCCCUUGCAUGCUCUGGCUGCUGCAACCAGGCCAGCUCGAGCUGGUCCUGUUCCAGGGGUUGCAGCUGCUCUAUCUUCCAUUCCUAAACAGACUGGUUAUAUACAACCACAAGGACUUCUUGGUAGCUCAACUUCAAACGUUGGCCAGCCUACCUCUGGUCCUGGGGGAAACACUGCCAUGUCUGCUCCUGGUGGUCUUACCAAUCAAACCCUAUCCAUGUUAGCUGCAGCUGGGCGAGGUGGCCCGGGCAUUGUUCCAAGUUCACUUUUACCUAUCGACGUCUCUGUUGUGCUCCGCGGUCCGUAUUGGAUACGAAUCAUGUACAGGAAACAGUUUGCUGUUGACAUGCGUUGCUUUGCCGGUGAUCAGGUGUGGUUGCAGCCUGCAACACCGCCUAAAGAGGGUCGUCUUUCUGGAGGGUCAUUACCAUGCCCCCAGUUUCGCCCUUUCAUCAUGGAACAUGUUGCCCAGGAGCUGAAUGGAUUAGAUCCUAAUUUCACUGCGCAACAGGCAGGCGGACUGGCAAAUUCAAAUAAUCCAAAUCCUAGUUCAAGUUCCCAGUUAAUGGGUGCAAAUGGAAGUAGAAUAAACUUGCCAGCUUCUGCUGCAAUGUCUAGGACAGGAAAUCCAGCAGCUGGUUUAAAUCGUGUGGGAAAUGCAUUGGCAGGGCCUUCAAAUUUAGCUUUGAUGAACUCUGCUGUCUCUCUACGUAGGCCACCUGGAGCAAUUGUCCCUGCCCACGUUAGAGGCGAGCUGAACACAGCCAUUAUUGGCCUUGGUGAUGAUGGAGGAUAUGGGGGUGGCUGGGUUCCUCUUGUUGCACUUAAGAAGGUUCUCAGAGGUAUUCUUAAGUAUCUUGGAGUACUAUGGUUAUUUGCCCAGUUGCCAGAUCUUUUGAAAGAGAUUCUAGGAUCCAUUUUGAAGGAAAAUGAAGGUGCACUUCUGAACUUGGACCCUGAGCAGCCUGCAUUGCGUUUUUUUGUGGGGGGCUAUGUGUUUGCUGUCAGUGUCCACAGAGUUCAGCUGCUUCUUCAGGUGUUAAGUGUGAAACGCUUUCAUCACCAACAGCAGCAACAGCAGCAAAACUCAAAUCCUGCACAAGAAGAGUUAAGUCAAACAGAAAUAAGUGAAAUAUGUGACUACUUCAGUCGUCGGGUUGCAUCAGAGCCCUAUGAUGCUUCUCGUGUUGCAUCAUUCAUAACUAUGCUCACCUUACCUGUCUCAGUUCUUAGAGAAUUCUUGAAAUUAAUAGCUUGGAAAAAGGGAUUAUCCCAGGCACAAAUUGGGGACAUGGUUUCAGCUCAAAAACCACGAAUUGAAUUAUGUCUUGAAAAUCACGCAGGGUUGACCACAGAUGACAACUCUGAGAGCUCAUCUGCUUUCAGAAGCAACAUCCAUUAUGACCGGAAUCAUAAUUCUGUUGAUUUUGCACUGACUGUUGUUCUUGAUUCUGCUCACAUCCCUCAUGUCAAUGCUGCCGGUGGUGCUGCUUGGUUACCGUACUGUGUUUCAGUAAGGUUGAGAUAUUCUUUCGGCGAAAGUCCCAGUGUAUCCUUUCUUGGUAUGGAAGGUAGCCAUGGAGGUAGGGCCUGUUGGUUGCGUGUCGACGAUUGGGAUAAGUGUAAACAGAGGGUGGCACGAACUGUGGAGGUUAGUGGGAGCUCACCAGCCGAUGCAAGUCAAGGUAGGCUAAAAUUGGUUGCAGACAGUGUGCAAAGGAAUCUGCACAUGUGCCUUCAAGGGCUAAAAGAUGGUAGUGGGGUUCCAGCCAACUUUGGAGCAACAUGAUUGUUUUGCUGCUAGCAGCAGUGUUUAUACAUAUAGUUUCGGGGUAGUGUUGUCAAUACUGCAUGGGUUAAGUUAUAGGUUGUGCAGUUUCCUUUGGAAAUGAGGUUUUGCUGUAAUGGAGAAAAAGGGCACAGGUGAUAAUAAUAGCCGAUUUUUUAUGGAAGAAUGACGUUUUCCGGGCGCCAAUACUAGAUUACUAACAGAGGUUCAUAAUAGCAGUAUUUGAAGUUUUCUUCAGAACAUUUAAGAUUGGAAUUAGGUUGUACAAUAUCUUUUGGUGAUAGUGUAGUCAUGGUAUAAGCUUUUGGGUGGUGGAUUUUCUUUCUUGUACAGAUGACAAUAUCAAAUGAAUAGAUUAGUAAACCAAACUUAGUUUUCUUACUUUUUUUUUCAUCACCUCAUGUGACGCUUUUG